AGAUUAUGCUAACAUCGUUAUCCUCAUUGCAUCGACAGAACGCGUACGUACACCAUGGGAGACCAGGAGGAUUCGAGGCCAAGCAAGAAGCCACGCGCGUCAUCGCCGGCGGAGCUCGGCUCUGGCGGCCUGACGGCGUUCGCUCUCCGGCUCUCCAAGAAGCUGGCCGAGGGUGACAACACGGGGGACAAGUCGCCUUCUCGCCGCUGUCCAUCUACAGCACCCUCGGUCUGGUGGCUGCCGGAGCUCGUGGCAAAACCCUCGACGAGCUCCUCGCCCUGCUCGGCGCCUCGUCGCCCGACGAGGUCAAUGAGUUCGUACGCGGCCUGGCCGCCGCCGCCGACACGUUCGGAUCCGGAGGACCGCUCGUCACCUUCGCCUACGGCGUGUUCCACCAGAAACGCAUGGAGCUCACGCCGGCCUACCUCCACACCGCUGCCGAGUCCUACAAGGCCGAGAUACGCGCCGUCGACUUCGUCGAGGGCGACAGAGAGAAAAUCAGGGAGGAGAUCAACGGGUGGGUGGCGGCGGCGACAAGCAAUCUCAUCCCAGAGAUCCUGCCGGAGGGGUCCCUGCUGGAGCAGACGAGGUUCGUGCUCGCCAACGCCAUCUACUUCAAGGGCACGUGGGAGAACCGCUUCCCCGAGGGCCUCACCGAGCACCUCGAGUUCCACCGCCUCGGCGGCGCCGCCCCGGUUGACGUCCCCUUCAUGACCCUGGGGAGCGGAGAACGCAAGGUCUUCCUCUCCUACGACGACGGCUUCAAGGUGCUCAAGCUCCCUUACAAGGCCACCGACGACGGCGCGCGGUACUCGAUGUGCGUGUUCCUCCCCCACGAGCGCGACGGGCUGCGUGCCAUGGUCGACGCUCUGGCGGCGGCCGGCGGCUCUCUGCUCGACCACGUGCCUAAGAGCCGGAGCAGCGUGCGCGAGGUGCUCCUUCCCAAGUUCAAGCUGUCAUUCUUCUGCAGCCUCGUCGAAGAACUUAAAGGCUUGGGGCUCGCGGAGGCGUUCACCGAGGACGCCGACCUAUCCGGCCUGGUAGAUCAGAGGGUAUGUGACGUUCGCCUGGACGAAGGAUUCAUGUUUUUCUUUCGGGAUUUGCUAGUUCUCACUAAUUUCGUGCUCAGUUCAGUUCUACAUGUGAUUGUAUAUAUCGUGAUUCAUCCAUGUGAGUUAAGAGUUAAGUUGUAA